AUGUCUUCUUCCAAGCGUAUUGCCAAAGAAUUAAGUGAUUUAGGGAGAGAUCCUCCUGCUUCAUGUUCAGCAGGCCCUGUAGGGGAUGACCUGUACCACUGGCAAGCCUCUAUAAUGGGUCCCUCAGACUCACCUUACGCCGGUGGCGUUUUCUUUUUGUCUAUUCACUUUCCUACUGAUUAUCCGUUCAAGCCACCAAAGGUGAACUUUACCACCAAGAUUUAUCAUCCGAAUAUUAAUUCGAGUGGAAAUAUCUGCUUGGAUAUUUUAAAGGACCAGUGGUCACCAGCGCUAACUCUUUCAAAAGUUCUGUUGUCUAUUUGCUCUCUUCUAACAGAUGCUAACCCCGAUGAUCCCCUGGUCCCCGAGAUUGCUCAAAUAUACAAGACAGAUAAGGCCAAGUAUGAAGCCACCGCUAAGGAGUGGACCAAGAAAUAUGCUGUUUAA